AUGCAAGUGGUUUAUUCCCCCGAUGGCAUGUUGCAUGAUCCACCCACCGAGGUGACACGAGGAGAAGCAAAACCAUACCUUGAAUCCCCUGCACGUCUUGCUUCUAUCAAGGCCUUCAUUGACAGCCAACCCAACCAAUUCAAUGUCAUUUCACCCCAAGAUUACUCAUUGACCCCCAUUGUCCAAGUCCAUGAGCAAGACUAUAUCGAGUUCCUUUCGACUAUCCAUCAAGACUGGGUCAAGGAUGGUAUGCCUGCUUCAGGUACAACCGGCGAGGCAUUUGUUCUUUCCAAUGUGGUGGGCAAAUUGGAUCCUGCUGUGCUCAAAAAGAAUGUCAACCAAACUGCCACGGGUCGCAUUGGCUAUUACACAUUUGACAUGUCGGUUGCUUUUAUGAAAGAUACUUGGCGUGCUGCCUAUGUUUCGGCACAGAUUGCCAUGACCGCCGCCCACAAGCUUCUCAAGGAACAAUCACCCUCGAUCUAUGCCUUGUGUCGACCCCCUGGACAUCAUGCUACAUGCAAUGUUGCAGGCGGCUACUGCUUUAUCAACAAUGUUGCUGUUGUCACGCGAUUUGUUCAAGAUUACACAAUUGAGGAAAUGGAUACCAUGGUCAAGGCUCUCGAAUAUGAUGAAAAGAAUUCGCUCAUUCCCAGUGCUCCCAAGCCCUCAGCACGUUCAUCAUCCUCAUCGAGAAAGAAGGUGCUCAUUGUUGAUAUCGAUCAUCAUCAUGGAAACGGCACACAAGAUAUCUUUUAUGAUGAUCCCUCGGUGAUGUAUGUGUCAUUGCAUGGCUAUCCCGAUUAUCCCUUCUUUACCGGCAGUACAGAGGAGAUUGGCGAAGGAGAAGGAAAAGGCUACAAUAUCAAUAUCCCAUUGAAUCCCAAGACGACUACCGAUGAAAUUUAUCUCGAGAAUCUUAAAGGUGUCUUGCAAAGCCAGGCUGUCAUUGACUUUGGUGCAGAGUUUGUCAUUGUCUCCAUGGGCUUGGAUACUUGGCAUGAGGACCCUGUUGCUGGCAUGAAGGGUAUCAAAAAGGUGGAGACUUACUUUGAGAUGGGUAAAUUGAUCAAGAAUAGCAAGAGUACCACAGGUCGUCAGGUGCUCUUUGUUCAAGAAGGAGGCUAUACUAUUGAAAAGUUGGGAUUAUUAGCUGGUAGAGUAUUGCAAGGUUUCAUGGAAUAG